CGGAUACUCUGAGCCACCCUUCUCAACCCGGAUCUAAAACCCGGGACACAGCUAUCAGGCCAGCCUCUCUCUCUCCACCCCACCCCCUCUUUCUGGCGUCCAUCCCCUCCCCAACACCACCUCUGCUGCUGCCUCUGGCUGUGGACCUGCACCUCUUCCCCAUCCCCGCCAGGCCCGGGGAGAGGGGUGAGCCUGGAUGAGAGCCCCCCAACCUGGGGCUCUCUCAGGCCAUGGCCCCUGUGCUCCCGGGGAGGAGCCCAAGACCCUGAGCAUCUGCUAGAGGCUUGGCAGAGGCCCCGCGGGGACCAAGUCUUCUGAGGACAAAAGGCGGCGGCCAGCAGGCAGACGGGCGAGGGGGGGGGGGUACCGGCAGCCAGGCAAGUAGGCGGGUAGCAGGGGCCAGCGCUGCCCCCCCCCCUCCCAGCCUGGCUGUGGCAUGAAGAUGGGGGUGGGAGUGUGUAGUGGGGGAAGCACCUGCUGGGACCCCCACCUGCCAGCUUGUUGGGCACCCCAUGGCUGUAUGCUGCCCACCUGGUGUUCCCCAACACCCCCAGCCCUGCCCAGUGCACCCCUCCGGUGCCUGCUUCCCCUAAUGCCUGCGAUUUAGACCAGCCCAGCUGUAUCCACGGCAACAGAAGCAGAAGUGUCACUGGCCGCCAGAUCACUGAGGGUCCCACAAUGUGGCCUGGGCUGUGAUUUAUCCUGGGCAAGACAGCUUGAGCCCUCUUCCUGGAUGCCAAGACAGACCUGCUGAGAGAGUCCAGUCUUCUAGAUCUUUCUUUCUGUUGUCAUCCCUCUUCUUCCCCCCUCUCCUUUCCUAUCUCUGACUCUAUUCCUUUUCAUUUUCUGUUGUGAUGUUUCUCUAUGUGCCUGUCUGUAUCUUUUUUCUCACUCUUCUUCCCCUUUCUGUCUCUAUUUCAAUCUCUUCCUUUCUCUUCUUUCUCUGUUUAUCUCUUUCCCCCUCCUGUGUCUCCAUCUGUCUCUCUCUCACACACACACCUCUCUUUUCUUUCACUAAAGAAAGUGUCUCUCUAAAUUUCUCUUACAUUCAGUCUCUAUUUCUGUCCCUUUCCUCUUGCCUCCCCUAAAGGCUAAGGAGUGUGUGUGUGUAUGUGCACAUACUUGUGCACAGGCAUGGGUGUAUGCACAUGUACACACACCCAGAUGAAGGCUGCCCUUCAGACCUUGAGGGACUGAAAGAGAGCCCACCCCUCCUUCUCCUAACACCUGUCCUAGACCCCUCCUAUGCCAGUAAGCCAAUGACUCUGAGACUUCACAGAACCAUAAAAAACAAAACCAAACAAAAAACAAAAGACAAAAAAAAACCCACAAACUGGUUCUAGGAGGCUGUGGCAGACUAGGUAGGACUGGGUCAGGAAAUAGUAUAGAGAGAAAACUUUAGGAAGGAGGUGGUAGGAAAAUAUCCAUUCAAGCUCCACCUCCUCCAGCCCAGCCCAGCCCAGCCCAGCCCCAGCCCCAAUAGCAAUUGUGAGUUUCUCCAGCUUCUGUUCAAGUAGCUCAGCUACCUUCCCUCUGGGCCUUGCCCAGUUGCCUUAUCAAAUCCCAAAAUUCUCUACCUGCACACACCAGAUCCUCUCCUGAUUUCCCCAAGCUCAGCUGUGCCACUCUCACUACCAGACACAAUCCCCAGACCAUUCUUUCAGCAAAUCCUACAUGGAUGCCCCCAGGGAGUCCUCUCUACUCACCAGCCCAUUUAGUCCCUCAGUCAAUUUAUUUGACAUCUUUUCUGAGAACCUACUGUGUGCUCUGUACUACUCCUAUAUAGGGCUGAGGUUGUGGCUCAGUGGUAGGGUGCUCGCCUAGCAUGUGUGGGGUGCUGGGGUCAAUCCUCAGCACCACAUAAAAUAAAUAAAUAAAGAUUAUGUGUUCGACUACAGCUAAAAAAUAUUUUAAAAAUAAAUUAUAUCGUGUGUUAGCAAGAGAAAUUCUAGGAAGAAAAAAUAAAGGAGAGAACCAGGAAUGGGAGUGUUGUGACCUCUCCUCUCACCUGUAUUACUUCAGGAUCCUCCUGAUUAGUCUCCCCACUUCCACCAUUGCACCAUAUGAUCUGUUCUCAGCAGCAAGUGGGAUCCUGUUCAGUCCUAAAUCAUAUCACUCCUCACCUCUGCUCAAAACCCAUCUCAUUCUGAGUCAAAGUCAAAGUCCUUACCAUGGCCUCUGUGGUCUCUCCUUGCCACCUUUCUGACCUCACCUGGAAGCACUUGCCCUUUGCUCAUUCUGUUCUACCAACUCCUUCCUUGCUUUUUCUCAAAUGUGCCAUACAUUGCCCCACCCCAGGGCCUUUGUUCAGGUUGUUCCUAUUGCCUGGAUUUCUCUUCCCUCAAAUAGCCAUGUGACUCUCUUCCUCACUUCCUUCAGGUCUUUGCACAAAUAACAUUUUCUCAGUGAAAAUUUCCCUGUCUGCCUCAUCAAAGACUGCAACACCUUCCCCAGCCCUAGUACUUCCUAUUCUUCUUCCCUCCUUUAUGUUUAUUCAUAGGAAUUUGUCAUCAUCUGAUAUACCAACUUCGCCUGUGUUUCAGUGUCAUCUCCACAAGGGCAGGGAUCUUCAUCUGUCUUGUUCAUCUGUCUUGUCCUCAGUACUUAGAAUAGUGCCUGGCAUACAGUAGAUACUCAAUAAAUAAAUAUUUUUUCAAUGAAUGAAUGAACACAUACAAGCAUGCUUUCAUCUGUGUAUUCAUGCAUAUUCCUCAUCUCACCCAAAGUAAAAACCAAAGUCCUCUUCAUGGCCCACAGUCUAUACUACUUGACCCUGGACAUGUGUAUGACCUUACCUCCUACCACUGUCUCCCUCACCUAUGCUACUUUUGUGACACUAAUCUUUCCAUUGUUCCUGGAACAUGCUGAAUGCAUAUCUGAUCUUGAAUAAAGAAAUCUAGGGGCCAGAGUUGUAGCUCAGUGGUAGAGCACUUGCCUAGUACAUGUGAGGCAUUGGGUUCAAUCCUCAGCACCACAUAAAAAUAAAUAAAUAAAAUAAAGGUAUUGUGUCCAUAUACAACAACAACAAAAUUUUUUAAAGAAGCCUUGUUAUCCUAAGAAAAAAUUUUAAACAGAAAUCUAUUUGAUGAAUGACUGCCAGCAUUUUUUUUUAAAAAAAGAUGAAAUAGAAGCCAUGCAUGGUGGCACACACCUAUGAUCCCAUCAACCAGGGAGGCUGAGGCAGAAGGAUCAAAAGUUUGAGGACAACUUCAGCAACUUAGCAAGGCUCUAAGCACCUAAGUAAGACCCUGUCUCAAAGUAAAAAAUUAAAAGGCCUGGAGAUGUAGCUCAAUGGUAAAAGGCCCCUGGGUUCAAUCCCCAGUACAAAAGGAAGGAAGAAAGGAAGGAAGGAAGUGAUUUGCAGGGGGGGGAAGAAAGAAAAAAGUAAUAAAAUAGAAUGGAGUACACUACACAUGGGAUCAGUUCUGUUUUUUGAAACUUGGUGAGUUGUGUGUGUUCAUGCACAUAUGUGUACUGGGUUGUGGUGUAAAAUAUCCUUUUUACUGUGGGUGGUGGUCAAAAAAGUUUUAACACAACUUUGAGGCUUUAAAAAGGGGGAAAGGAGCCCCAACAACAUUCCUGUCCCCACAGACGCACAAGUGGAGGAAAUGGGUAACUGAGGACAUCCAAAGAGAUGAAGCAUCUGCACCCAGCAAGGAAGGGGUAGGAGCAGGAGUGGGCCAGACUCAGGACCUGACCCUAACUAGGGAGUCAGUGGGAAGGGUUCACAGACACACUAACCCUGGCCUCUAUGUUUCUUCCUCACCUUUCCUUUCCACCCAUUUCUCACUGUCUCUCAUUUAUCUCUGUUUCAAUCACUCUUUUUUAUCCUCUUAUCCUUUCCACAUCUGUGUUGUUUUAUAUCCAUUUAUAACUUCGUCACCAUUUCUCUCUCUCUCAUUCUUUCCUACUGUCUCUGCAUAUUUGUGUGCAUUUUUCUGUUUCUCUCCUUUCCUCACUUCUCUGUCUCUCUGUGUCUGUGUCUCCCUUACUGUCCCCACUUACAGGUGCAGCCCAGCAGGACAACUGAUGGAGUCCCCCAGGGCCCAUCAAGUAUCGGACUGGCUGACCCCCUAGGGUUGGGAGUAGCCCUUGCCCCUCAGUAUGGCCAACACCACCGGAGAGCCUGAGGAGGUGAGCGGCGCACUGUCCCCGCCGUCAGCAUCUGCUUAUGUGAAGCUGGUGCUGCUGGGACUGAUCAUGUGCGUGAGCCUGGCGGGCAACGCCAUCUUGUCCCUGCUGGUGCUCAAGGAGCGUGCCCUGCACAAGGCUCCUUACUACUUUCUGCUGGACCUGUGCCUAGCUGAUGGCAUACGCUCUGCCGUCUGCUUCCCUUUUGUGCUGGCUUCUGUGCGCCACGGCUCCUCAUGGACCUUCAGUGCACUGAGCUGUAAGAUUGUGGCCUUUAUGGCCGUGCUCUUUUGCUUCCAUGCGGCCUUCAUGCUGUUCUGCAUCAGCGUUACCCGCUACAUGGCCAUUGCCCACCACCGCUUCUACGCCAAGCGCAUGACACUCUGGACAUGCGCAGCUGUCAUCUGCAUGGCCUGGACCCUGUCUGUGGCCAUGGCCUUCCCACCCGUCUUCGAUGUGGGCACCUACAAGUUUAUCCGGGAGGAGGACCAAUGCAUCUUUGAGCAUCGCUACUUCAAGGCCAAUGACACGCUGGGCUUCAUGCUUAUGUUGGCCGUGCUCAUGGCAGCCACACAUGCUGUCUAUGGCAAGCUGCUCCUCUUCGAGUACCGUCACCGCAAGAUGAAGCCAGUGCAGAUGGUGCCAGCCAUUAGCCAGAACUGGACAUUCCAUGGCCCUGGGGCCACAGGCCAGGCUGCUGCCAACUGGAUCGCUGGCUUUGGCCGUGGGCCCAUGCCACCAACUCUGCUGGGUAUCCGGCAGAAUGGGCAUGCGGCCAGCCGGCGGCUGCUGGGCAUGGACGAGGUCAAGGGUGAAAAGCAGCUGGGUCGCAUGUUCUACGCGAUCACACUGCUCUUCCUGCUCCUCUGGUCACCCUACAUCGUGGCCUGCUACUGGCGAGUGUUUGUGAAAGCCUGUGCUGUGCCCCACCGCUACCUGGCCACCGCUGUUUGGAUGAGCUUCGCCCAGGCUGCUGUCAACCCAAUCGUCUGCUUCCUGCUCAACAAGGACCUCAAGAAGUGCCUGAGGACUCAUGCCCCCUGCUGGGGCACAGGAGGUGCCCCGGCUCCCAGAGAACCCUACUGUGUCAUGUGAAGCAGGCGGGUAGGCAGACAGGCAGGGAAAAGGUCAUGGCCACCAUGGUGAGGCCAACAGCAAGGGAGGGGUGGGGCCCCAUACAGGAGCCUUCUUUUCUGAGCUCCAGCCCCAGCCCCUCGAACCACCCAUAAUCCAGGCACCUUUGCCAAUACCACCCUAGGGUGGGGGACUGGGAAAGAGGCAUCCUAGUUUUGUGGGGCCUGUGUCUGCAGCCUCCUUCUCUACUUCUACAGUCUCUCUCUCUCUCUCUCUCUCUCUCUCUCUCUCUCUCUCUCUGACAAUUCAGAAAAAGAAAACAAAACUGAAAAUGCAGGUUUUUCUACUAACAGAUAAGGAGGCAGGCUUUCUUGCUUUAAUGUCUCUCCUUCUGACAUUGUCCAGAAGGGGGAAAUUUGUCCUGUAAAAUAGAAUUCCAGAGCUCUUAUUGCCCCUUCUGCUCCCAGGCACCCUCCCCUUCCAAGUCCUUUAGCAAGGCCUGGAUGUUUAGGGAGAAACUUAUCCAAGGCUGCCAACAAGAGGGACCAAAAGGGGUGCUAGGUCCCCAGGGAGCAAGGAUGUUUAUUGCUAUGUUGUGUGCAAUGUCGUUUUUGGCUAAUGCUGGUCCCAACCCAGUCUUCUCUCCCUCCCCACCAUGUCCAGACCUCUCUAGUGCUUCUUGAGGAUCUAUUUGAGAAGCCAAGAGGGUAGAGAAAAGGGCCCCCAUGAUGGCCCAAAAAACUAGGUAAAGAGUAGGAUGUGAGUGAACUCCUUGAGCCGAAGAGAUCGAGCGUAGCCACAUUCUCUCACACCAUCUCCUGGAUCCCUAGCCCAAUAACUCUUCUUCCUGAGGAUGGAAACCCACUCCAGCCCCACUAGGGCUGUAGGUGUCAUGCAGGCAGGAGCAGCCCCUCAGAUGUGUAGGGAAGAAGCUGAACUCCCCAGAGUACCUUGGACCCCAGAGCCUGAGGUCAGAGCUGAAUUCAACCCCAGAAUUUCUCCCAGGUUCACGUUACUCUUCUGAAGAUGAGAAUUCUUUUUGGGCCUUGGUAACUGAUAAUGGUAUAAACCCCAAGGCACUAUGGACUUGAGUCCAUUCCUAUCUGACCUCUUUUUGUCCCCCUAAAGCCUUGGGCCACAAGCCCCUCCUUGGUAGCCCUUGGCCUUCUGGGUCAGCCCCAAAUGUCCUUCCUCACAACAAUCCUUCAAUCCCUUCCUCCUUUCCACCCUUACCUACACCCAAAGUGGAGCAGACUGCAACCAGAUUACUUAGGUGGGAGUUUCCAAGCCUCCCUCCAGGGACAGAAUCUACUCUGGGCUUACUUCAAGGCUAGUUCUAUGAAUUGGUAAGCCAAGUUGGCACUCCUUUACCUGGCCUUGCCCAGGCUUUCUGUCCCCCUAUAAUUUCCUUCAGGGGCAGGGAUCUAUCUGUAUUUAUCCACCCCCCUUUACCUUUCUUACAGAAGCCCCUGUCCUAAGAUCCCUCCCUACCCCAAGACAGCCCCUGAACUGGGGAAGCCUUGACCCAAAAGAAAUGAGGAGGGCACUCUAGGCAGGAGAGACAUUAAUGAGCCUAGCUGUGGAGUGACCCUGGAAAGGCAGGCCAGAGUGGCUGAGAGGCUGGGAGUGUGGGGGGGGUACCUGUU